UAGUGACCGAAGCUAAUUAAAGUUACCCGAAUCGAUUAGAGCCGUGAUAUUGUCAGCUGAAAACUGGAGGCUUGUUAUAUCUGAAAGAUGGUGAUUUAAUGCAUUGGAAAUGUUAGCCAAAGCCUAUUGUUGUGCCUAAUCCGUGGCUGUCUAAAAGAGAGAUUCACUUACUCCUGAUACAGGAGGCACAUAGGCUUGCAUGCCAGCUGAUAGCUGGAUAGGAUAAGAACCACCUGCUCACGUCCAUCACUUCUCAGCCCCAGUCUUUUGAAAUUUCCUAUUUAUACUUUGAUCAGCCUGGGCCUCUUUACGCCACUGCCAGUGGGUCCUGGAGAUAAUUCUAUAAACUCUGAUUUGAACACAGGAUACAAGGGUACACCAGCCUGUUUGGCAGAAAAAGAAAUCGUUGCUGAUCGGCGCUCACCAUGAACUUUCUCCCAAUCAACAUUCCACUCCUGACGAUCUUCCUCAUGACAACCAGGAGCUCGGCUGACAGGAUCCUUCCCAAAGCUCCACAGAUCACCAGUCCCCUGGAGACAGUAGAUGCUUUGGUUGAGGAAGAAGCCUCUUUCCUGUGUGCAGUGGAUUCAAACCCAACGGCAGAAAUAACUUGGACCCGCAAUAACAUUCCCAUAAGACCCUUUGACACCCGCUACAGUAUAAAAGAAAAUGGCCAGAUAUUAAUCAUCCUCAGUGUUGAAGACACAGACAAUGGAGUUUACUGCUGCACUGCUAACAAUGGCGUGGGGAGCUCGGCUCAAAGCUGUGGAGCCCUGCAGGUGAAAAUGAAGCCUAAAAUCAUUCGGCCACCCACUGAUGUCAGAGCACUGCUGGGGUCGAAAGUCGUGUUACCUUGCAGUACGAUGGGGAACCCAAAACCAGCCAUCUCAUGGAUCAGAGAUGAAACUGCAUUGAAAAAGGACCAACCUCGCACUUCUGUCCUUGAAUCUGGCAACUUAAGAAUUCGCAGUGUUCAACUGGAAGAUGCAGGGAAGUAUCGGUGUCUGGCGAGAAACAGCCUGGGCUUCGAGUAUUCCAGAUCUGUGACUCUGGAGGUGCAAGUCCCCGCCAGAAUUGUGAAGGCGCCCACAUCACAAAAUGUCAGCUUUGGUUCCGAAGUGACUCUGCAGUGCAAAGCCGCCGGGUUUCCGAUUCCCACCAUCAAGUGGCUGGAGAACGGGAGAGCACUCCCCAAGGGGUCAAUACAGAAUCGAAUCAUGGGGGAGGUGAUGGAGUCUCGGCUGCGUGUCUAUGUUACCAGGCCUUCGUUGUUCACCUGCUUAACGAAUAACAAACACAAUGAAGGAAGUACCACAGCAAAGGCCACUGCCACACUGGAUAUCACAGAAUGGAGAUUGUACAAAGGUGAUAUGGGCUAUUGCAGUACAUAUCGUGGAGAAAUAUGCCAAGGACUCUUGGGGAAGGGCAAGCUGGUUUUCUUCAACUCCUCUUACGCCGAUGCAGAGGGGACCCAAGAGAUGAUGGCCAGGAGCACGUGGACGGAGUUGGAUGGCGUGAGCUUGCUGUGCAAACCAGCUGCAGAGUCAUUACUCUGCCACUCCAUUUACCAGGACUGUAAUCCAUCAGGGUUGGGUCCAACUCCCAAGCCCGUGUGCCGUGAGCACUGCCUGGCAGUGAAGGAGCUUUAUUGUUACAAAGAAUGGCUCUCCAUGGAGGACAAUUCACGCAAACGAGCUUAUUCUGCGGGUUUGAAUCUACCAGACUGCCAAAGGCUUCCCAGUAUACACCAUGACCCAGACGCCUGCACCAGAGUCUCCUUCCUUGAAAUGAAGAAAGGACUUAUUACUAGAAAGUGUUACAGCGACAAUGGGAGGUAUUACCAGGGUUUGGUGAAUACCACAACAUCAGGCAUUUCCUGCCAGAAGUGGAGUGAGCAGAUUCCCCAUUUCCAUAGGCGUCUGCCAGAGGUAUUUCCUGAGCUAGCCAAUUCGGACAACUUCUGCCGUAACCCAGGAGGUGAGAGUGAAAGUCCUUGGUGCUACACCAUGAAUCGUGACAUCCGGUGGGAAUUUUGCAAUGUGCCCCUAUGUAUCAAUGUUACCUCAAAUGUAGGAGUGAAACCUAAAACAGAAACUGCAAGCAAUCCCAGCGCUUCUGCCACCUACUCAAUGACCAUCAUCAUUUCCAUAAUCUCAAGCCUUGCCGCCUCUGUGCUGUUGAUAAUUAUAAUUCUCACGUGCCAUCGUCGCCAGAAGGAAUGGCAGACCAGAAAGAGUUACAGAGGAACCGAGACCCCCACUCUGGCAGCCCUCCCUUCAGAGCUGCUCCUUGACAGACUUCACCCCAAUCCAAUGUACCAGCGCCUGCCUCUUCUUCUCAAUGCCAAGCUACUCAGCCUCGAAUAUCCAAGGAAUAACAUUGAAUAUGUGCGGGAUAUCGGAGAGGGAGCCUUUGGAAGAGUGUUCCAGGCGAGAGCCCCUCAUCUGCUGCAGCAGGAGACCUCAACCAUGGUGGCCGUGAAGAUGCUGAAAGAAGAAGCUUCACCUGAUAUGCAAGCAGACUUCCAGAGAGAAGCAGCCCUCAUGGCGGAGUUCGACCAUUCAAAUAUCGUCAAGCUUUUAGGAGUGUGCGCCGUUGGGAAGCCCAUGUGCCUGCUCUUCGAGUACAUGGCACACGGGGACCUGAACGAGUACCUGCGCAAGCGCUCGUCCAUCACCGCUCGCACCUUCAGGAGUGGCAGCAGCUUCGCAGAGUGGAGUGCGGGCUCGGCCGCCGACCCUCUGCCCCUCAGCUGCGCCGACCAGCUCAACAUCGCCAAGCAGAUCUCUGCGGGCAUGACCUACCUGUCGGAGCGCAAGUUUGUCCACCGGGACCUGGCCACCCGCAACUGCCUGGUUGGAGAGAACCUGGUGGUGAAGAUCGCUGACUUUGGCCUCUCCAGGAACAUCUACUCUGCGGACUAUUACAAGGCCAACGAGAACGAUGCCAUUCCCAUCAGGUGGAUGCCCCCUGAAUCUAUAUUCUUCAACCGCUACACCACCGAGUCGGACGUGUGGGCUUAUGGUGUGGUCCUUUGGGAGAUCUUCGCGUCAGGCAUGCAGCCUUACUAUGGGAUGGCCCAUGAAGAAGUCAUCUACUAUGUCCGGGAUGGCAACAUCCUGUCCUGCCCCGAGCACUGCCCGCCGGAGCUGUACAACCUGAUGCGCCUGUGCUGGAGCAACAUGCCGUCGGACAGGCCGAGCUUCGCCAGCAUCCACCGCAUCCUGGAGCGAAUGCACCAGAGGGUGGCCGCUGCACUCCCGGUCUGACCCGCCACCCCACUCUCUCCCAGUGGCGGGAGCACUGGCAUUGACCUCCGGGGGUGUUGGCGAGUCCUGCGGCAGGGGGGCCUGACCUCGAAUGGCUGGAGCACACCCCACACCAACUGGACACCCCCGCAACCUGCAUUUCACCUGCUUAGGCCUCCCUCUGUAGCCUGGGACACAGUUCAGGCUGCACAGCACAGGCACCAUCCCUCUCAUUCUUUGUUCAUGCACCUAUAUCUCAAUUAGAGUUGGACAUUCAUUGAAUCAUAUAUAUAUAGGUAUAUGUAUAUAUAUGAUGUUAUGAGAGUCUUCAGGAAAGAAGGCAGAGAGAAACUGUCUCCAUUGGUAAGAGGUUUGGAAACGGCAGGACCCUAAUUUAAAAUGUUUGGCAAAAGAAAGGGCAGAAGUAAAAAUCUGGAUUUGUUUUGAGCACCAGGUUGCCCCAACUAACUUGAAUGGGACUUUGCAAAGUGAAUUAAAAACAUAUAGAACAUCACAUGUAUUCUUGGGAAGAGGAAGGCAGUGGGUUAUUUCAAAGAUGUCACAGCCACAGUGGGCUGAAUGGCCUCCCAUGUAGUUAGAUUUUACCAUUCUGUUACCAAAGCUGAGUUAAUCACGGAGUGGAAACGUCAUUAUUAACCACAUGUGGGUGUUUAAAUGUUCAGUAUUAUUUUUUAUUGAAAAAUAAUUUAUCGCAGGAAAAGUAAUUGUAUAAGUAAUUUUCAACUGAAAUAUCUGGUGAAAACAAGGGUCUUUUUUUCAGAGAAGCAAUUGGCCCAAUUCAUAUCCAACACCAAACUAUUAAAAUCGUGUCAAUUAUAUGGGUAAACACAUAUGAAAUGUUUAAAAACUGGCAUAACUUCCAGAAAGGCCAAACCAAAAUACAAAAAUGAUUAAAUCAGCAGGAAAAUCCAGUGAGUGGUUCCUACUACAACUCAUGUUGUCCAAAGACUAAUGGAUGCUCGUUGGGUAUCGAGGUACUAUUUGGACAUUUAAAUCAGUUUCCUCCCACCCUGCCCACUGAUGCUGCUCCACCAGCUGAGUUCUGGAGCAGUUUGUUCUUUGUGCCAAGUAUCAGGGAGUUGAAGAUUAAAUAUUCUUUAAUCCAGCUUGGUGAACAAAGUACAGUUUUUGGUAUUUAUUUGUUAUUCUUACAUAAAAUGUGACCAGCAUUUAUUGCCCAGCCCUCAUUAACUUUGAACCAACCAGCUGUUAAAAGUCAGCCGUGUUAUUGUUGGUCUUGAGGUAUGUGUUAACCAGACCAGAAUUUUAUUCCCAAAGAAGGACAUGAGUAAUCAGAAAGUUACCGUCAGUGGGAGUAGAUUUUAAUAAUGAAUGGAAUUUAAAGUCCCUACAGUGGGCUUUGAAUGCACACAAGCAAUAAUCCAGGCCACUGGAUUACUAGCCUGGGUAGAUAACCGUAAUGCCACCAUGGCUCUGUUUCCCAGAUACACUGUUUUUCGGGCUGCCUUUGAGUUGUUGGUUACCCGCAAAAGUUGCAGACCCUCUACAGCCAUUCAUGACCCAGAGAUACGUCAGACUGAGUAAUAGGUCACCAAAUCUAGACCUCUGCACCAAUAAACAGAGCUUUUUAUACUGAAGGAAUGGGCACAGAAUGCAUGCAACACCACAUCAAUUAAACUUCACCUUCUCCACAACAGCACUGUGUUUAAGAAAAAGAAAAUAAAUCUUAUGGAAAUCGUCCGCCCUUCGUUUAACAAUGAGGUGUUGUCGACACAAAGGGGAACCAAGGCUUCCAGAGAGUCAGAAACAAAAAGAGCCUCUGCAACUUAACGGUUCCCAUUGAUUCCUCUUGUGAAUAGCUGUAUUUGUUUGUGCCGCAAGUAAGUGGUGAAUUAACAUAAAAGCGCGACUCUCACCAAGAUCCCACAGGCACACAGCCUGUUAUAGAGCAGCGUGCUUGGGUAAAUGUCCAGACGUUCUCCAGGGAUUGUGCAGUUGGUGGUAGAGGAAGAGUCCCAAUUCCAGCCUUAGCCAGCAAUCUCUAAAUGAAACAAGCUCUGUAAAAUGAGUCACUUAUUAAUUGACUGAUGAGCUUUAAGCGUUCUUUGCUCAGUGUCAACCACAUUACUGGCACAAAUGAUACCUCCGAACACAGAUUCCUAUUUAUGAGUGAGUGAGAGAGGCUUUAUCUCAAAUUGUUUGGGACAUGCUGCAGAGAUUGUUCCUGCAAUAGGUCAUUUGAUUUAAUACACUGUAGCACAAAGCUCCAAUGUGCUAUUUUUGAAUUUCUAGUGGUGGUUUGCAAAGGAGUGCUUUUUUUCUCUCUCUUGCACACUUGUAACCCUUAAGAAACAUCUUCUGCUCUGUGGGGUUAGGCUAAAAUGAUGGUUAUAAAACUAACAAUUACUUACAGGUUUUUCUUUAACUUUGCUGUGUGUUUCAUAUGAAAAACACCAUAUAUCAAUAAAAUGGAGAUGAAUUGGUGAUCUCUAUUGGAAAGAUAGAAAUGUUGUUGCUACGAGUGACUGGGAUUGAUUUUAUGUAGAGAAUUUGUAGCAUAACGGUCAUCCAGUCAUGCAAUUUUUGCUAUAAAAAUAAACUUGCUUUUAUCAGAGAAUGUUGAUGCAGUUUCUAUCAGGAGUUCUGAUAGAACUGCAGAUCUGUCCUAACUCUUGAAUUUUGAAAGAACUGUUACUAUUUAGUACGAAAUAGAACAACCAAUAUAUGUACCAUAGACUCUCAGAAAUAUAGAACCAAUAUAUGUACCAUAGACUCUCAGAAAUAUAGAACCAAUAUAUGUACCAUAGACUCUCAGAAAUGGCAAUACACUAUAUUAACGACCAAUUAAUAGGCUUUUAGUAAUUUUGUUUGAGAGUCAAUUUAGGCGAUGCCUCUGCUAUUCUUCUUCAAAAAACUGUUUUGAGAUCUAAUGUCGACCAAUAAUCAACACUUUAAUUUAUCAUUUCCACCAAAAAGUAGAAUCUCCGUAGGCCUGUAAUGAAAUAUCUCCCUGGUUUUAUUGCUCAAGUAUGUACUUGGAGCCUCAAUCGUCUAAGUGAGAGCUGGCAAUGUUAGUCGGGACAAUCCGGAAGUAGAAAGCUCAACAUGAGAGAGGGUCACAGAGACAUACCGCCAAAGAAACCACUGGGGUUUUAUAAUCUGGGCAAUGUUCACCUCUGUAUGAAAUGAUGUAUUAGCUUAGAUAAUGUCACAAAAAGUUCACCACUGCUUUUUCCAACCUUAAAUUGAUUUUCUCAUCAGCUCUCCUGGUUUAACUUUGAGCUCUCUCCUCUCUCUACAGCCAGUUUUGGCAUUUGACAUUGGUCAGUUAGGACUGAGAUAAGAGAGGUGUGUUCACUCAUUGCCCCUGAUUUUACUGGUGUGUGCCAGCAUGUGUAGGUGGAGUGGCUAGCAAUUCUAAGCACAAGUAUUGGCAAGAUCUGGACUCUCACUGCAAAAGAGGAAGUCCCAAGCCUCCACCAAGCUCCACUCCCUACCUUUUGGCCCACCCCUGGAUUCCACAUGGAAUUAAUUUCUUUAGGAAGAGCUCUCAGAUCCUGCACCAGGUAACACCUGCUAUCCAAAUGGAGCCCAUUCAUCUGGAAACUGCGCUUACAACUUGGAGAAAGACCGGAAUAAGCUGUGCAUUUUAAUGAUAAAAUGUUUUAUAAUUUAGAAGCAUUUCUGGAUAUAUUUCUUUUUAAAUCCUAACAAAUUUUGGAGCUUUUGGAUUAUUUGGGUCAUCUUGUUAGCUUCUAGAUUUUUCCUAAUGUCCGCCGAUUGUUAGGCUU